CGUUUGUUGACAGUUUAUGGGGCCUUUGUCAUCCCCGCUCAACAUCUUACAUACGUAGCAUCACGUAUACGUACAUGUCACAAACAUUUUACGAAACAGCGCAGGCCGACUUUACACCACACUUCCGGUAAAAUUGGCGGGAGUUACAUUUUGACAGCAACAUGGACACCGAAAUGGAAGAUGUAAACAAUGGCGGUCUAAGAUCACUGGAGGACAUAAAACUGGUGAUGGAAUAUGCCAAGAUUGAUCCAACGGAAGUAAAACCUGUUGUCCAGAGUGUUUAUUUUUCGGAGGAGUUGGACAAUGAUGCUGUCAAAUUUUUAGAAGUAGACGACGCCGUUUUGACAGCUCUUGAAGCUGGUGAUGAGUUAGUGAUUCGGGGAGAGAAGACAGAGAGUGCCGUGCUGUGUACAGGCAGCAAGACAUAUGACAUAAAGGAGGCAGAGAUGUCCAACUGCAUGCUGCUACUGUCCGAUAUGGUCUGGAGUAAGGACCUGCCCGACAAAGGAGACCAGGCUGUCAAUUACAGAAAGGUGACUUCUGUAUUACAAAACUACUUUGAGCUGCGGCCAUGUAAGCCUAAGGUAAAAAAGUUGAAGAUGUUACUGGAGAAAAACAUGUACAACGGCAAGGAGAGCGAGGAGGAUGAAGAGCAUAUGGAUGAGAAAUAUACCUUCCAAGAUCUCUUGAAUUUAGUCCAGGCUAGUGAAGCAGAGAUCACAGCAGCUCUGAAGAAACUACAAGCUUGUAAACUUGAGGGGUACUGGCGUGUGUUACAUUUUGACUUCUUAACCCAAGUACUUAACCACAUCAUACAACUGUCUGAGGAGAAUGACUGGCUGCGGAGUGGUCUCCCCUUGGAGGACUGCUGCCAGACUUUGGAGGAACUCUUUCCGAGGCCAGUUAUAGAACAUGUAAUUAGUUGUUAUGCAGACAAAAUGUCAUCACCGACUGGUACUGAAGAUGACGACUCACAUAUGGAAAUUGACACAGCGUUUUACACAUUGAACGAAGACAAAAUUUGCAGAUUCUUUGCAGAGCUGUGUCUUCGAAACGCUGGAAAAUUUAACCUACAAGAGUUCCUGUCUGUGUGGGAGCAGAGUGUGCCGUCAGGGAUGAAGACAUAUCUCCACCAAGUAGAGGGUAUGGCGCUGAUAAAUCGUAGCAGUAAACCCGAGGUCAUAUGGUACUUUCCUGCAGAAAAUCUCCCAGAAGAUGUUGGGGAACGCUUUGAUUCACUGUUCAGGACUCGAGAAAAGUGGACUUUAGAUGAAAUCGCACCAUAUGUUCGAGACCUGACAACAGCGAAAGUGGAUGUAGGAGGAUUACUGCUCAAGUACGCUCGCUCUUCACUGCAUAAUGGGAUCAAGGUGUUCAACUCUAGGAAGCUUGUGUCAUGACGACAGGCAAAAUAACUUUAGUUUUGUGUGAUUAAGAAUGGAUACAAUUGAUCAUCUGAUUCAAAGUGUUUCUUAGAGGUGAUGGACUGAUACGGAAGCAUUUCAGAGAUCUUAUCAAAUAAAUGCUAGAAUUGACCCACAAAUUUGGUGUCUCAGCUAAAAACAUCUUUUCAACAAGUACAUAUUAAAUUGAAAAAAGGGUCUAUACAGAAGAGAAUUAAAAAAUUCUAUACCUAUGAUAUAGUUUCUAUAAUAAAAGUUGAAGAUGACGAUAAUAGUAAGAGCAUCCCGAAUUAUUGAGAAUUUACCAAAGUGGGGAUGUGGCUUAUCUGCAGCGGAAAUAUGGUUUGUCAUUUAAGUGAAAUCCCUACAGCGGACAGGACCAAACAAGGCAAAGGAAUCAAAAACAAAACCUCAGCAUUUCUUGUAGGGUUCCCUCAUAUCGAUUUAAAGGGAAAUUUCUUAUAGCCUAGCUAGUAAAGUGAAUUUGUUACUAUGUGAAGUUCAUGUCUUUCACAACAGUGCACUUCAUUUGAUGUUGCUGCAUUGCAUUUUACGAAUGUCCUGAUUAUCUUAUUUUAGGGAUCAGCUAAUCUUAAAUAAUAAUACACACAUUGCUGAAGUAAUAGCGUUUUAAGGUUUCAGAUUGUUGUGAAUCACAUAAGAUUAUCUUGAUGGCUUUAUUUAAUUGUUUGUCCUUGGUGUGAGAUGUCAGAAAAGAGCGAGAAAGCUAAUAUAAUGUAGGGAGCAAGAAUACCGUGAGUGUGUGUGUGUAUGUGCUGAUCUGAACUGUCUAGACUGUAACGAGAAGUGCUACAUAAAUUAUAUUUACCUUGGUAA